UGUGAGCUCAUGCGCCCACAUCUCGAAACCCGUUAGACUGAUAUGUAGCCUAGACUUGCAUUAUCUGGCAACAAUACCGAUCUUGACUUAUGUUUCCUCCUACAUCACUCUCACUAAACCCACGAAACCUCUAAACACAACCUCCCUUUUUGUAUUUUAAUCCGUUUCCCACAUUCCUAGCCGGCCUAGAGAGCCCAAUGCCAGCUGGCUUCUAAGCCAAUCCUUCUUACAAAACCGUCACCUAGUUCCUCACAUUCCCCUUACCUCCAACCGACCGAUUCGACGUAAUUCGACAAGGACCAGACUGCUCCUCUACGCAGUCAAGUCAAAAUGGUUAGAUUGCGCGAGAUAUCGCGCACCGCAGCUUUUGCUUGGUCUCCUGGUACCGAAAAGCCAUUGUUGGUAACUGGUACCCGCGCUGGAGCUGUUGACGCCGACUUCUCCGACGAGACGAAGCUGGAAUUGUGGGAUCUUAGCCUCGAUAACCAGGAACAAGGGCUUGAGCUUCAGCCCAUUGCGAGCAUCGCAGCUGACUCUAGAUUCUACGACAUCGCCUGGGGCCAACCCACAGAAGAAUAUCCGCAUGGUAUUAUCGCUGGUGCUCUAGAGAAUGGAUCACUCGAUCUCUGGGACGCCAAGAAGCUUAUCGAUGGUGAAUCGGACGGUUUAAUAUCGCGAACGACGAAACACACCGGGCCCAUCAAAUCAUUGCAAUUCAAUCCCUUAAGACCCCAGAUCUUAGCCACCGCUGGCGCCAAAGGAGAGCUCUUUAUUUACGAUGUUCUUGACCCUUCCAAUGCCUUUCGAUUAGGGACUGCUGCGGCCCGAUCAGAUGAUUUGGAAUGUGUGGCUUGGAACACCAAAGUUGCCCACAUUCUUGCCACCGGUGGUUCUGGUGGUUUUGUGACGGUGUGGGACUUGAAGACCAAGAAAGCGUCAUUAACACUAAACAACAACCGGAAACCCGUCAGCGCCAUCGCAUGGGACCCAAACAAUUCAACUAAACUGUUAACGGCCACACCCGAUGAUACGACUCCUGUCAUUUUAUUAUGGGACUUGCGAAACUCGAACGCGCCGGAGAGAACCCUUCAGGGUCAUGAGCAGGGCAUUCUCUCUGUUUCUUGGUGCCAGCAGGAUGGUGAUAUUCUGAUUUCAUGUGGUAAGGAUAACAGGACGUUGGUAUGGAAUCCGCAGACGGGCGAACGUUACGGGGAAUUUCCUGAAGUGACCAAUUGGACUUUCUUGACCCGAUUCCAUCCUCAAAAUCCUAGCCUUUCGGCUACGGCCUCCUUUGACGGAAAGAUCACUAUCCAAACACUUCAAAAUACAAACCCUUCCGCUGUACAGAACACGGCGCAGCCUAGUUUGGAUGGUGAGGACUUUUUUACUCAAGCCCAGAGGCAGCCGCAAGGUGCUGCCUUCUCCUUGACCAAAGCUCCAAAAUGGCUUGAGAGACCUGUCGGGGUUUCAUUUGGAUUUGGGGGCAAGCUUGUCAUUUUUAGUCAGGAGCCUCAACAACCUGGCCAGCACAAGCGAUCUUCCAAGCUUCAAAUUUCUCAAUUCUCCGUGGAUUCGGACAUCGGAGCCGCUACCGAGAAAUUCGAAGAAUCUCUCAAGACUGGCGAUGUUACAGCCAUAUGUGAAUCGCACAUAGAGCAGGCCCCUACUGAUGAAGAGAAGGCCGACUGGCGUGUUUUGGAAACACUAUUGACUGAUAAUCCGCGACAACAAAUUGUUGAGUACCUGGGAUUUAGUGAAGAAGCUAAAGAGGAGUCAUCCAAUGGUGUCACCGAAGAGUCUGCUGAGACAAAGGACACCGAAACAGAGAAGCCAAGCGAAGUAAAGGGGCAUAGAAAGCGUUUUUCGACGUUCUUCUCUGAUGGGGGUGAAGGUGAUGGCGAGGAUUUCUUGGCAAAUCUCUCCGCUACAAAGGGUGCUAAAACAGAUAACCCAUUCCAUUUAUUUGCGGACAGCGAUACCGCUGUAGAAAAGCAAAUCACAAAGUCACUAAUGCUUGGGCAGUUUGAAAAAGCAACUGAGAUCUGCCUAAAGGAGGGUCGUAUGGCGGAUGCUUUCAUGAUUGCCAACUGUGGCGGAAAAGAGCUUGUCGACAAGGUUCAGUCUGCGUAUUUGUCCCAAAAGACAGGAAUGCCAAGCUAUCUACGACUUCUGGGUUCCGUUAUUGUCAAGAAUCUAUGGGAUGUCGUAUACAAUGCUGAUUUAGCUGAUUGGAAAGAGACGAUGGUGACGCUGUGUACGUUCGCGGAACCGGCCGAAUUCCCGGAUUUAUGUGAAGCCUUGGGUGACCGCAUCUACGAAUCGGGUGCCCGAAAGGAUGCAUCAUUCUGCUACCUAGUCGGCUCUAAACUUGAGAAGGUAGUAGACAUAUGGGUAACUGAGCUCGAGGAAGCCGAGAAGGCCGGCCUGACUGAGGCCAAUGACUCUACCUUCUCUAUACACGCAAGGUCCCUUCAACAAUUCAUUGAGAAGGUUACCGUAUUCCGCCAAGUGACGAAGUUCCAGGAUGCCGAGACGGGGCUUUCUUCGGGUUGGAAGCUUUCUUCUCUUUAUGACAAGUAUAUCGAGUAUGCCGAUAUUGUUGCUGCGCAUGGUCAACUCGGAAUCGCACAGAAAUACUUGAGCCUACUGCCUGCGAAGUAUGCCGCUGCUGAUAUCGCACGUGAGCGUGUGCAGCUUGCAACGAAGAAGGUGGCUCCUCAGCCUGCUGCCCCAAGACAACCAGCUCAAAGAGCUCAAAACCCUGCCGUGGCUCCACGUGUUGCUUCACGUACCGCGUCUGUGGCAGCGGCUUACCAGCCGUCUCAGCCUACGGCCGGCGCCAGUCCUAUUAACCCCUAUGCGCCUCCUGCUGCUCAAGCCGCGACAUCGAAUCCAUAUGCCCCACCGGUAGCAAGCAACCCUUAUGCCCCGCAGGGUUACCAACCAUCUCCGCAGCCCGUUCAAGCAGCUCCGCACGCUGGCUAUGGCCCUCCUCCAACUUCCUUCGGGGGUCCACCAAGGUCGUCGACUCCGUCCACGAAGCCCCCUCCACGGAACUCGGAUGCGGCAAAUUGGAACGAUGUUCCUAUGGUGACGAAAGCACCGCCUCCUCGGAGAAACACUCCAGGAUCAGUUUCUGUGCCAUCUCCAUUUCCCAAUCAAGCAACCCAGGGAAUACCACCUCCACCACAAAGCCCUUAUGGCGCUCAACGCGGAAUAGCAACACCACCACCCCCUCCUCCCAAGGGUCCACCUACCGGGAGAGUAAUGUCGCCUCUUGGUGGUCCACCACAAGCUGGCCAGUUGCCACCGCCGCCGCGACCUGGUUCAACGGCAGCACAAGCGUACGCUCCACCUCCCGCUGCCCAAACUCCCGGGAUACCACCGCCUCAUGCCGUCCCCAGAACAGCCUCGCCUUAUAACCCGCCACCAAUGGGGGCCGCACCCACAAGCCGAUAUGCACCGGCACCGGCACCACAGUCGCUUAAUAAUCUUCCCCCGCAGGCUGGCAUGGCGCCUCCUCCAAAUGCAGCCCGAGCACCACCACCAAAUCCAUAUGCUCCUCCCCCGCAGGCUGCACCAUCCCACGGUCAGUACGCUCCUUCUCCGUAUGGGGCUCCCCCAGUGCAACAAGGACCACCUCCUACUGGACCCCCUCCUUCAACCGGCGGUCCGCCACCCGCUGCCACCUCACCUGCUCCGCCGCCAGCGCAAGCUAGACACCCCCCGGGUGAUCGCUCCCACAUACCUCCCAGCGCUCAGCAGUUGGUUGACGUACUGAGCCGCGACAUGCAACGGGUGGCCAGUAAGGCUCCCGCCUCAUUUGCUCCUCAAGUCAAGGACACACAGAAGCGGCUUGGGCUCUUAUUUGAUCAUCUCAACAACCAGGAGUUGAUCAAGCCGGAUACUAUUGAGCAUUUGACUACGCUAGCCAACGCGUUAGAAAGCAAGGACUAUCCGGAGGCGCAACGCCUCCAAGUGGAAAUCCAGCGAGACAAGACAGAUGAAUGCGGCAACUGGAUGGUUGGCGUUAAACGAUUGGUUCAGAUGAGCAAGGUUACGAACUAGUAAAAGCGCGAUCGUGCCCAAUUAAUCCAAGUUGAGAUUCGAUACAUAUUUUGUCAAAUGUCAUGUGUACGGCAAGGGGCCUGUGAUGUUACAUUUGGUGAAGAGUUAGGUAGUGAAAACAAAAACUGCGGUCGAGUAUAAGUAGGUAGAGACACCGUGGUCACACGAAUAGGAUGGGUGACCACCAAAAUCGAAAAUCCCGGAUGUUUUAUUCGGAAACUAUUCUUAAGAUUUACAGAAUUUUGUCUUGGUGGUAUAGG